AUGGCCGGAGCUGUCCUUAACCCUAUAAACACCAGCGCAAAAUCCAUUGCCAGAGAAGAAGGUGGAGAUAAGUCAGAUCCGCGUGAAUCGAGAUCUGAGCUGAACGAAGAGGAGGAAAUAGAAGAUGAAGAGGAGAAGAAGAGGCAGAAGAAAAUAGAGAAGGAGGAAAUAGAAGAUGAAGAGGAGAAGAAGAGGCAGAAGAAGCUCAUAUCCAGAUCUGAUCCUCCAACCAGGUUUUUGGAAAACGGAAGCGAUUAG